AUGAGCAUUAUCGCAAGGGAAUUGCUUAAGCGGCAAUUUUUGGGUACUUUACAUAAUAAUAAAAUUACAAGAGAUGUUAAUUCUAUGUUUUCCGUCGGUUUAGAAGACGACAAUUACUUCAAGUGGAGAGUUUGCUUCGAAGGACCUUCUGAAACCCCUUAUGAAGGAGGAAUAUUCACCGUAAUCAUGACAUUUCCUGAAGACUUCCCAAACAAUCCCCCCGAGAUGUUCUUUAAGAAUCAAAUGUGGCACCCGAAUAUAUAUCCAGACGGCAGAGUUUGCAUAAGUAUACUGCAUCCACCAGGUUCCGACAGGUACAAUGAACAGGAGCUACCUAAUGAGCGAUGGAGACCUAUUCUGGGAGUUGAGACCAUUCUUAUAAGUGUAAUUUCAAUGCUAGGAGAACCUAAUUUAGAAUCUCCCGCAAACGUCGACGCGGGUGUUCAACUUAAAAAUGAUCCUAAAGAAUAUCGCAAAAAGGUCAAAAUGUUGACCAGGAAAACACUAGAAUAA